GGUGUUAAACAGACCGGAGAAAGUCAGAGCAGCACAAAGUGAAGAUGAAGAAGAGAUUUUUAUUCGCUGUAGCUAUGAUUUAGUUUAUGUUAUAGCUUAACUGAGAUAUUUAGUAGGUUUUUAUUUUGUCUCUCCAUGUUCAGACAAUUCCAGACAAACCGACCGUGAACGCAUCGCCGUGACGGAUGACUGAUUAAAAACACUGCACUUUGUCUUAUCUGUUUUAUUUUUAUUUUUUCUUGAAAUUCGCUUUUGUUUCGGAGCUCAGCUCUUCAAACUCGCACAUGGAGUCCGCAGAUGGUCAGCGGGGGCGGUACAGUGGCAGUCAGAGACGUUCCCCUUUCGACCUCAUCAUGAACCAGAUCCGCAGGAAGCGCACAGCCUCAGACAGGAAGCCGCUGGGACGCUUCCUGUCUCGAGACCGGACAGGGAUCCCUGAGGAUGGAGAGGUGGAGGAGAAAGGACAGAUCUCAGGUGUUGCUGAGGCAGCAGAGAGUGAGUGUGACAUCGGCUGGGGUCGAGUGGGUGUGUUCCUGCAGCGGUUGGGGAAGAAAGCCGACAGCAGGAGCCUCAGCCUGGCUCACUGUGACCUCACUGCUACAGACCUGCUGGAGCUAGCAACGCUGCUCCAGUUUCUCCCCCAGCUGGAGGAGAUGGACAUCUCCUGGAACGAGCUGAUUGGCGGAUGUCUGAGAGCGCUGACCUCUCACCUCCAGCAUGUUAGCAGGGUGAGAGUGCUGAGGCUCUGCAGCUGCAGGCUGAACGCUGAUGAUGUUGCUGCACUGGGUGAAGCUCUUGAUUCCAUCCCUCUCUUGGAGAUCCUUGAUUUGUCCUGGAACAGUGGCAUUGGGGGCGGCACUUUGCAAGGCCUGCUGGGUAAACUUCACCCACCACUGAGGGAGCUCCACCUGGUGGCCUGCCAGCUCACUGAGGCUGAUGCUGCUGUACUGGGAGGAAUGGUGUCUGCUCUCCCCAGACUCUGUGUGUUGGAUGUCUCCUGUAAUCCUCAGCUCACACAUGAAGUCAAUGCCAAAGGCUUCAGAGAGCUGGCCUCCUCUCUCUCUCACGCCACCUCCCUCACCACACUGCGACUGCAGGCCUGCGGUCUGACUGCAGACAGCCUCGAUGCUCUCGGUGGUUCGCUCCACUGCCUCCCCUCAGUGCGAGAGUUGGACCUGUCCUGUAACAAAAGUCUAGCCGGAGGACUGGACCGCCUCACCCUCCACCUGGCUCACCUCACACACCUGGAGAGCCUCGACCUCCAUCUCUGCUGUCUCACACACACUGACCUGGAGGCCCUGAUCCAGGUGCUUCCCUCUCUGACGGCACUGAUGGAGCUUGAUGUGUCGUCCAAUAAGGAGGCAGGGAGCAUGGUCCACCCGUUGGUCUCCGCCCUCCCUCUGACACAGAUGAGGCGUCUGCCGCUCAAUAGCUGCAGCCUCAACCAGGAGUCCUUUACUGCUCUGGCUCUGGCCAUGCCGUACCUGCGCAGUGUGGAUGUGUCCUGGUGUAAAGUGGUUGGUGGUCAUUUAGCGUUGCUCCUGGAUGCUUUGCAGCCGUCUGUCAUCCUGGAGCUCCGCCUCAGCAGCUGUGAGCUCACCACUGAUGACCUGCAUCACCUAGCUGCAGUGUGCAGACGUGGCUGCCUGUCCUCUCUCCGGGUGUUGGAUCUGUCCUACAACGGCUUGGUGGGAGAUGAUGGCUGGUCCGCCCUGUUUGCUGCAGGAGGCCUGGGCUCACUGGAGGACAUCGACCUCAGCUUACGACCAUCGACCUUCGCUCCCUGUGCAGCCUGGCUGCCGGCGCUGUUCUGUGCCCUGCCUCGGCUUUCUGCGCUGACUCACUUGGCGGUGCAGCGGUGGACUAUUGGCUCUCGGGACAGAAAGCAGCUGGACCACUGCUUGAGGAAGAGGAGCGUCCUGCUGGAGUGGGAUCCACCAAAUAAAGACACAACGGCAUCAUUUAAGGCGACCAAUCAGGAGAGUCCUGAGGAGUAGGGAUUCAAAACCCUGAAGAUGCUGAUCUGAUAUCAUAUGUCACUAAUGAAGGACAUCUGUAAUAAAAACCAUCACCAGCACUCUGAGAUUUAAGCAGAAACAUGACUGUGCCCUGGAUAAUAGUCUGUACAUUUGAUAAGGAUCUCCUCAGGUCUUGAAAAUUGUAAAAAUCCGUAAAAAGUUUUUGAUAUUUUCUAGAGCUUGAAAACUUUUAAAAUUGGCCAAAAAUAUCUUGGAAAACUAAUUUAGCCUUUUACUUUUAAAGGUCCAGUGUGUAGGAUUUGGGGGGAUAUAUUGGCAGAAAUGGAAAAAAAUAUAAUAAGUAUGUUGUAUUUAGUGUAUAAUAACUCAAAAAUAAUCAUUAAAUUUUCUUUACCUUAGAAUGAGCCAUUUAUAUCCACAUAGGGAGUGGGUCCUUGUGGAUCGCCAUGUUUACAGCCAUGGCUCUACAGUAGCCCACAGCGGACAUACCAAACACUGGCUCUAGAUAGGGAUAUUCACAUUUUUGCAUCAGUCAAUGUAGUCAGAAGCCCUGUCGUGAUGAGAGCGUUACAGAAAUACUGACCUCUGCAGAUACUUCAGCUCCUGGUUAAAACCUCCUGAACAAAGAACAUUGAAGGAGUUCUAACGGGAAGAAGUUUCAGCUGGUUGCAUUCUGCAGUCUUUUUGGCUAGAUGCCUCUAAAUUCCCCAAAAUCUUAUACACUUAACAUUUAACUGCAGAUUGAUUAUGACCUAAUUCAUAUUCAUGUUGCCCAGAUAAUUUUGUAAGCAUAAAUUUAACUAUUAACUAAAAUUUGGUUUAAGAAUUAGGACUUAGGGUCAGUCAAUGUGGCUGAAAUUAACAUAAAUAUUUAAACAUGUUUGUAAUAUCUAUAUGCAAGAUAUGGUAUUCAUAAUAAUUCUAAAAUAGUCAAACUCACAACCAAAGAAAUGAACUGUGUUCACUGUGUCCACAAUUUUAUUGGAGAACAAGGCAAACUGUAUCUGCUGAGGAACAUUUUAUUUCUGUUAAUGAUUUCCCUGAACUUAUGCUGCAGUCUAUUGCAAGUCAGAAGUCGCCGACUCAGUAUUCCUGAACCACUGACCUAGAUGUGUCCCAGUGCAUCUGCUGGGGAAAACAUGGAUGCCUGCAGCAAACUGAUGUUCGUAUGUCAUGUCUCUGAGCUUCACGAACAUCUACAGAGGCUUAGAACAAUUACCACAGUGACAUGAGUGAAGAGAAAGACUGUAUAAAAUAAGUCAUUUUUCUUGCUCGUCUUUGCUCGCUAAAAUAUCAAACUACAGCUUAGAUUCGUGUGAAUGGGUGCUGAGCUGAACAGAGUGAAGCACCACAGCCAACAUCACAUUGUUGUGUGCAUUCAUUUUGUGUGGACAGAGAUGGAGAUACGCAUGCGUGCAAAGACUUAUAUCAAGCGCAAAUCAACUAAAUGGAAAUGGUAGCUACAAUGUUAUUAUGUGUACAACGUAUAUAUGUCGGUGAACUCACUAGAUAGUUCGAUAGAUAGAUAGAAUGACCAUUCCAUUGCGCCUUUCCAUGUGAAGGUCUUACUUUUUUCCCCGAGUUCCAACUUCAGCAGAUUGCAGCGUGUUAACCAAACAUGGGGGUGGUCACAUAGAGCACUUGGCCUCUGCAUUCU